AUGACAGCCUCCGCCACCAUCAACGAUACGUCAACUAUUAUCUAUCAUCCUGUGAGAAAACAUGAACAACAGCAAGCAAUCGACCUGUGGUAUUCCAUAUUUGGAACCUUUCCAGGCAUGGAUGAUCGCUAUUUUGGAAGUCUUGCGUCUCCACGAUACCAAGAAGGUGAUACACUAGGUGCAUGGUUUGAUGGAAAAUUAGUGAGUAUAGUAAAUAUUGCACAUUUGAUACUUCGAUCUCGUGACGAUGAUAGCGAGUAUCAAUGUGCUACUAUCACAUGUGUGGGUACCUUGGAAGAGUAUCGCAAGCGAGGUUAUUCUCGACAUCUCCUUCGAAUGGCUAUUGACAAAAUGGAACAGAGCGGUAAAUUUGAUGUAUCAAUUCUAAACACAAGAGGACCCAAACAUUAUUCUAUUCUUGGAUGGAAACAGACUACUUUCGAAGAUGUUUCCACCAAACGGGAAUGCACUACAAAAUCUAAACAAAUAGCAUGCCCUUUAAGUAAAUAUGGUUGUACUUCGGAGCUACUUUACGAUGAGUUACCUGAACAUUAUUCAAGUUCGAUUCAUCUAGAAAAACUUUUUAAAGCAAUUGAAAUCUUUGUACAAGAAUUGCAUAGUAAACCAUUUUAUGAUAAUUUUCAAUGUGACUUAGAGAAAGAUUAUUAUUCUGAGAUAUUGCCAUCAAUUAAUAUUCUGGCUGAGGGAAUCUCAUGUUUGCAUGAUGAUAAUGUACAGAUUCAUAAUAAUUUUGUACAAGUACUUAGUAAAAUUGUGGAACAACAAAAACAAAUAGAAAAAGUUAAAAAUUCAAUAGAAGAAACUUCACAAAUGCUAUAUGUUGCUGAUAUGAACAACAAGAUUUUACAAACUCAAGUCGAAACAUUAAAACAGACGAUUUCCGAUUGUUCCAGUACAUCAUCAAAUGACGGAUCAUAUGUUUGGAAAAUCUCGAAUGUAUCUGAAAAAUUGGCUGAUGCCAUUGCUGAUCGACAAACAAGUAUCUAUUCGCCGCCAUUGUAUUCCUCAUCGACAGGUUACAAAAUGUGUAUGAGAUUGUAUAUGAAUGGUGAUGGCCAAGCAAGAGGUACACAUCUUUCAUUAUUCUUUGUUUUAAUGCGAGGAGACUAUGAUUCUAUAUUAACAUGGCCAUUUAGCUAUAAAGUAAUUUUCUGCCUGUAUGAUCAAACAGGAAGCCAACGUCAUAUAAUUGACUCAUUUCGUCCCGAUAUUAAAUCGAAUAGUUUUCAACGACCCAGAUCUGCUAUGAAUAUUGCUUCAGGAAUACCAAAGUUUUUACCAUUAUCAAUUAUUCAGCCAGCAAAUAAUCCUUAUGUACGUGAUGACUGUAUGUUCAUUCGUUGCAUUGUUGAUUUUGAAUCAAUGCCAAAAAUGUGUAUUCCUUAUGCGUUGAAUCUUAAUCUAGGAUUACCUAUGUCUAUCCGAGAAAAAGCAAUUCAAGCUGAAAGUGAAAAACUCCGUUCACCAUCAUCAUUAUCAACAGUAACUCGUUGCACGGAGUCCUCGACAAAAAUAGACCAUUUGACAGUAAAGACAUGA